CAAGUUGUUGCAACCUCUGCUACUUGGGAGGAUUGCGGAAGAGGUACAAGCAGCCUGUUGCUUAUUAUUUAAAUUGUGCGCCAACAACAAGAGAAAUGUUGUCUGUUCUCAUCAAAGAAGUCAUCACUAAGGUGGAAGAAGCAGGCUUCAAAAUUGUGACCACAGUUUGCGAUCUGGGCGGGAAUAAUGUAAAGGCGUUAGAGUUUCUUGGCUCAACUUGGUUGGGGCCAUGGUUCGAAUUCAAUGGGCACAGGAUAUACACAAUUUAUGACAUUUGCCACCUGCUGAAGUGUACAAGAAACAAUUUCCGGAACAAAGGAAUAACACUGAAGGUCAAAGUGAAAGGGAAACCUUAUUCAGGAACAGCAAAAUGGGAGCACAUUACCAAAGUUGUGCAUGAGGAUCGGAAACAGGGGUGGCAAGGUCUAUGGCACAUCAAAGAUGAACAUGUUGACCCAAAGGGAGCACAGAAAAUGAAAGUAAACUUGGCUGCUCGAAUAUUCAGCAAGACUAUGGCAAGCAACAUAGCCGAUCAACAUGACUACAGUAUGUUUAUAAUUUCAUCACAUUUUCAUCUCCUAUUGUUACGAGCAGUUCCCGCAGCAAAACUUUUCACAAUCCAUGAAACAUAAUACUCUCAAAAGUGCAUUCGUGGAAGAAAUUGAUCAGCAGAAAACUGUCAAAAUAAUUCAAUGGAGGAUAAACCUAGCAUGUGCAGCCCUUGCAUCGUCAAUUCUCUGUUAACUGAUUGUUUGUAAUAAACUCUCUUUAGGCAUUUUGAUGAAAUAUUCCAAAAUGUCAAAAUAUUUUCCCUCUCUUUUCCAUUCAUCACGAAAUUCCUUGAAGUUCGUUAUCUUUUCGGAGACAAAGCUCCUGCAAAAUUUUUGUCAACGCACAAAUGCUGCC